CGACGCUUGGCUGGGGCUAGGCUGUGGCUGUCCGGGUGGAGGGGCGGCAGCCAGACCCACAGGGCGCCUAGACUGACGGUGCAAGGGGACAUCGCAGACGGGAGGGGGCGUGGCCUCUGGCGGCGCUGAUUUGCCGGCGGUGGGCGCGGUCAAAUUGCACCAGACUAUAAAUUGUGGGGGGGCGUAGAGACGCGACAGCCCAAACCCGGGAAAGGACCGGUGCCGCGUAGCAGCGGAGCGCUGAGUGGCAGGUUCUCAGUCCGGCGGAGCCAUGUCUGAUCCAGCUCAGCAAUCUGCUCCUGGUGCCCCAGCAGGGGGUGCUCUUGGUGGGGGUCCCCCUGGGCCUUCCCCCAACAUGACUAGUAACCUGCGGCUGCAGCAGUCCCAGGCCCAGAUGGAGGAGGUGGUGAGCAUAAUGAGUGUGAAUGUGGAGAAAGUGCUGGAUCGAGACAUAAGGCUGACCGAGAUGGAUGGCAAGGCAGAGGCACUUGAGGCUGGUGCCUCAGUGUUUAAAACUAAUGCAGGAAAGCUAAAGAGGAAGUACUGGUGGAAGAACUGUAAGAUGAUGAUCAUGCUUGGAGUGAUCUGUGCCAUUGUGAUGGUGGCGAUUGUACUUUACUUCUGUACUUGAGAACGUGGCCCCUCAGCCUGCAGUCCACCUUCCCCUCUUCCUGUCUCCUUCCUUGCCCAUGCUCCAUGUGGCUGCUUCAUCUUCAGUUCUUUAGCUGGUUUUGUUUGUCUGAAGCAACUCGCCUGGACCUAGGUUUAACCCCUUCAAAACCUGCUUCAGCCCCAGGGAGGGCCAGCUUAGUGAGGGGGGAAGGGGAAGAUGUUUCUCCCAUUCUUAUGUUUGAGGGGUUUUUUUAAAUCUGAAUUUGAGUGAGGCAUGGCUUAAAUGUCACCUUCAUCACAGCUGUACCUAAAGGGUGUACUUCAGCAAUGUGAGUUUUCUCAAAGCAGUUCCCUGGCUGUGAUGAGCCUAGAGAGCAGGAGGAGGACUCCAAUGUGAAAUUGAUUAGAGUAGUGCCUCAACUCAGAGGAGAGCAUCUGGCCUCAGCUCUUGUGGAGUUUCCCUUUAACUGCUGAAGUCUAUACUAGUUUAUGGUGGUCACUUAGCCUUCAGCUCCCCACAAAUAGUGAUGGGUUGUGCCUUGCUCAUGAUGUGGCAGCUCUCGGCUUUAUAGGAAUGCAAGAGGAAGGGUUGGUGAUCCUUUUGCCUACACUGCAAGGACAACAGCAAUGGUUAUAUCGGGGGUUGGUAUUCCUGUAACUGGUACAGACUUGUCAGGAUGUCACCCUGGUUAGCUACUGGCAUACCCCUUACUCUGAGGAAGUCCAGGGCAUGGAGGGAACAGGACUGGUAGAGGGAGUGAGAGGGAAUUCUGGAUUUUUCUUGCUUCAUCAAGUUGUAUGCCUCUUUCUGUUGUGUGAAAGGAGACAUGGGUUGGGGGGUGGGGUGUCCCAGGUGUGGGGUGUCUCUGCUUAAAUAGCUGGGCAACUGCAUCCUGUGUGCAUUUCUGAGCGAGUCCCCAUCUUCUGCUUUGUUCUUUCUCCAAAGAUUCAUUCUCUCAAGCAGUUACAAAAAAAUAU